AACCCUGCCAAAAAAUUACUUUACGGCAGGCACAUUUUCUUUUCGGCUAAAAUACAUAUUAUUUAACACUUUGAAAAUUGCAAACUUUUUAGUUAAAACAUGAAUAGCAUAGGAGAGGAUUGCAAUGAAUUAAAGAAGCAGUACGAUGCCUGCUUCAAUAGUUGGUUCUCUGGUAGUUUUCUCAAAGGAACGACGGAUGAUUCUGCCUGUGCGCCCAUAUUUAAGAUUUACCAAGAGUGCGUUAAGCGCGCCAUGCGUGAGCAGAAAAUUGAAUUGCGUGAAAUCGAAACGGAUUACACCACAGGCGGUGAAUAUGACAACAACAACAGCAGCAGCAGUAGCUCGACCGGCUCAAAUAAAAGUUGACAAUUGUCACUUGGAGAUGGCUUUAAUGACAAGAGUUCCCUUAGCCAGGAGGCGGUUCAGUUGCCACUGCAUCAACGUAGGCACAAACGUGGUGGCACUGCCUAACAAUCACCGUAUACAUGGCAUUAUAAGUACCAGAGACAUAUUCUAUAGCUUUUAAAUUUGCAAAAUUCCUGACUAGAGAAGAAAAUAAGUUCAAAUUAUAUGGUAAAUCAUUUUUAGUUAAUUAUUAAGUUCGGCCCAAAAACCAAACCGAUUGUUAUUUCAUUAUUUACUUAUGUAUUGAAAAAUGUUUUGUAAAUAUAUUGCAUUAUUUAAACAAAUAUGAUUGAAUCCCAUAAUUGGGAUCCAAAGUCAAAUUAA